AUGGCGUUCAAGUUCAAGAUCAAGAACGCCCCAUCCUUACUCCUCCACCUCACCAUUCUCUUCCACGUAAUUGGAACAUGCAAUGCAGGCACAGAAGGACAUUGGGUUGAGCUGCGACGCAGCAUAGGCAUCUCCGCCAUGCACAUGCAAGUAAUGACAGACAACAAAGUAGUCAUCUUCGACCGAACAGACUUUGGCCCCUCCAACAUCUCCCUCUCCAAUGGCCGUUGCCGCUUCAACCCCCGCGACCUCGCUCUCAAACUCGACUGCACCGCCCACUCUGUCCUCUACGACAUCCCCACCAACACCCUCCGUCCCUUAACCCUCCAAACCGACGCAUGGUGUUCCUCCGGCGCCGUCGCCCCUGACGGAACACUGAUCCAAACCGGGGGCUUCAACGACGGCUAUCACAAACUCCGAACCUUCACUCCCUGCCCCCAACACAACCAAUGUGAUUGGCUUGAGCUUCCUCACAACCUCACCAACAGUCGCUGGUACGCUUCCAACCACAUUCUCCCUGACGGCAGAAUCAUCGUCGUCGGUGGGCGUUCCUCCUUCACCUAUGAGUUUGUCCCCAAGAACGACGCGUCGUUUUACUAUCUCAGAUUCUUGAGGCUCACGCGCGACCCUAACCCUGGCGAAGAGAACAAUCUUUACCCCUUCUUGCAUCUCUUACCCGACGGAAACCUCUUCAUCUUCGCUAACCGAAACUCCAUUCUCUUCGAUUACACUCGCAACCGGGUAAUCCGCGAGUUCCCGAUUAUGCCCGGUGACGAAAAGCGUAACUACCCGAGCACCGGCUCUUCUGUUCUCCUUCCGUUGAAUUUAACCGGUUUGCAAAACGGAACAGGGUUACCGGACGCGGAGGUUAUGAUAUGUGGCGGCGCCUUCCCUGACGCGUUUAGUUUCGCAAACAAGCUUAAGGUGUUUCUAGAAGCUUCAAGAACGUGCGGGAGGUUGAGAGUGACCGACCCGGAACCCGAAUGGGUCAUGGAGUUCAUGCCUACGCCGAGGGUUAUGCCCGAUAUGAUUUUACUCCCAACAGGAAACGUGCUUAUUUUGAACGGUGCAAUGAAUGGAACCGCAGGAUGGGAAAACGCAGCGAACCCGGCUUUCUAUCCGGUUUUAUAUAGACCCGGUUUGAUCGACCCGUUUUCGAGGUUUCAGUUACUUCCUCCGGCGAACACUCCUCGGAUGUAUCACUCAGCGGCUGUGCUGCUGCCAGAUGGCAGGGUUUUAGUGGGUGGGAGUAACCCGCAUAGGGUGUAUGAUUUUCGGGCGUACCCGUACCCGACUGAGUUGAGUUUGGACGCGUAUUACCCGGAUUAUUUGCGCCCCGAAUUGGGUCCGUUGCGGCCCACCAUAAUUGCGGUGGAGGCCGCGAAUAAUACGGCGUCAUAUGGGGGGCUGUUUUCCGUCACUUUCUCGUUGACGGAGUAUCGUUCGGAGAAGGGGGUUGUUGUGACACUGGUGGCGCCGUCGUUUACGACGCACUCGUUUGCGAUGAACCAGAGGGUGUUGGUUUUGGAUGUGGUGAAGGUUGAGAAUGGGGAGCCGUUUGAUUACAAGGUUACGGCGCGUGGGCCCCCUUCUCUCUCUGUGGCCCCACCUGGGUACUACAUGCUUUUCAUUGUCCAUGGUGGAGUUCCAAGUAGUGCUGUUUGGGUUCAGGUUAGAUGA